AUGGCCCGAGCAUUGGUUGCGCCUUUAGCAGUCCAGGCAGCGCCAUGGGACAUGAUUCAAGAGAAGCUCCACAACCACUACGCACCAAAGCCGUCCAAGAUUGCUGCCCGCCAUGCGUUCUACCACCAGAACCAGGCAGAGGGGGAGUCAAUCAACAACUACACCACCGCCCUCCGACAGGCUGCAAUGCACU